AUGAGUAAGAGUGCAAUUUACGGGUUUGAAACUAUCUUCCUCGCUUUUAACGCAUCGGCAGAUUGUGCUGGAGACCCGUAUCCUCCUUCCAGAGUGGAAGUUACGGUAGAUGACUCAUUUGGUCGGCUGGAAGGCCUCGCAGAGGAGCAUAGCAUCAUUGAGGAGACGUGGAGGAAGUUGAUGAAGGGGUUGGAAAGGAAAAUACUGCACAACGGAUUGAAAUUCCGGCUUCAUAACGUUGUCCAGUAUGAUAAUGGUAAGUGCCAUUUGCAACUUGGAAUAACAGAUUAUAAAUCCAGUAUGGGAGUAGCUACGAAUGUCGACUAUUUUUUACGUUCUACCAGUGACGGCGGCACAGAUAGGCGGAAAUACCUCGCUCGUGCACUCGGAAUUGAGUGUUUUACAACGACCUCCGACGAAAAGGCUGUGAUGUUUUGUCGCUCGUCGCUAGUGAGUGAAUAUCCCGGCUAUUAUUGCUUCCCUGGUGGCCACCCAGAGCCACAAGACAUCCUUUGCCAACUACCGUUAAGUGGGCCUGCUACGGGGAACCAUAAUAAUAUUGACCAUAAUCACAAUAGUGUGCAAAAUAGUGAUUUGUUAAAUGAUAGGCUUAGACGGGAGGAGGCGGUGUCGCAACUAAGUGGCGUGAACCCUGAAGUGAUUGUUCAGCAUUUAUUUGACAGUGCUGUGAUGGAGGUAGCUGAUGAGCUUGGUGUUGAACGCACCGCAUGCCGUAACAGAGGUCUACUCAGUAUUGUGGAGAACAUGAAGAAUAUGAAACCUGAUGCUUGUUUUUGGGUGGAGGUGAACCAAACCGCUGCCGAAGUGCAGGCGCGCUUCGACAGUCGUGUUGGUUUUGAUGCAUUUGAGUCGGUUCCGCAUUCUCUGGUAGUUGUGCACUUGGAUGAUAUCGUUGAUUGUGAGGGAGCUGAACUGUUCAUCAAAGACUGUUUAGGCGGUAAAGUAACACCCCCAUCCGUUGCAUGUUGGUUGCACGGUAUGGCGUGCUAUCGAUCAUUACGUGGAACCCUGGGUAAAGCACAGACGCAUAGCUUUGCGUAG